UCUGUGGCCCCGCCCAGCCGCUACGUCACUGUCAUUCACUCGAGGUGGUCCCUCUGAGGACCAGGAGGACGCAGUGUGCAUCAGACUACCAUUUGUUGACAUACAGGUGUGGGAAUGAAUCAAUCUAUGACAGUGGAUUUGGACUUCUCUACAAAAGCAUGACCGAGUUCCUUCAUUACAUGGUUUUGAUGGGAUUGUUCUGGUCUUCCCCGGGGGCCUUCAGACUGUUGAGCCAUGACCUGGACGACUCCUGCACAGAGGACGAGUACCUGCACGGCAAGAUCUGCUGUCUGAACUGUCCAGCUGGUUACCACAUGACAUCCCCGUGCACCUCAGCGGGACAGAGGGGGAAGUGUGAGGAGUGUGUAGAUGGAACAUACACUGAGUUCUCAAACGGAUUGCAGCACUGUUUCAAGUGCACGCAGUGUCGCUCAGAUCAGUCAGUCCUCAGGCCAUGCACCAUGAAACAAAACACUGAGUGUGAGUGCAAAUCAGGACGAUACUGUGCUCCUGACCAAGCAUGUGAGGUGUGCAAGACGUGCUCAAGGUGUCAAAAAGACGAGAAAAUAAUGAGGAACUGCAAUUCAACCGCCAACACAGAGUGCAAGAAAACCCAGCUCAGUCCUGGCUUCUCCUCAGGAAAGACAGCAGCGAUUGUGUUCACCAUGCUUCUUGCUGCUGGGUUACUGACUGUAUUUGUCAUGUUGGUGAGGAGAUGGAGAACAAGAGGCUCUCUGAGAAAUGUAUCUGUCAUGCUGAAAGAUGGACAGCAUUGCAGUGACAGCAGUCUCACUGAGGAGAGGGGAGACACAGACACUCCCAGGUCCAGCUGCACAGGUCUGAUCCUACCUGGGCAACUGGCAGAUAAAGAAUUCCCCAGGCUUGUUCCCAUGAAUGGUGAAGAGUCUCUGAGGAAAUGCUUUGAGUAUUUUGAAGAAAUAGAUGUUGACUACCAUAAGAGAUUCUUCCGCCACCUUGGGUUAGCUGACAAUGUGAUCAAGAGCAAAGAGCACCUUCACUACGAGGACAAGAUCCACGAGCUGCUGAGUGUUUGGAUUGAGAAAGAGGGCCGAGAAGGAAACUUAAACCACCUGCUCACAGCUUUACUUGUUAGCAAUCAAAGGCGAACAGCUGAGCAGAUUAAAGAGAAAGCUGUUCACAAUGGUCAUUACCUCUAUGAGUAUUAA